AUUACGAAUUUUCAUGAUGGUUUUAAUAAUCCUUGAUUCUGUGGGAAGGAGAAACUAGAAGCCGUCAUUCUCUUGCGCCUGCUCAAAAUGCCUUCGAAAACAACGAAUUCGAAUUCCAUUACUCUUUCCCCCUUCAAAUAAAAACAUUUACUACUAUUUAUUUAUUUAUUUAUUUUUUUCUCUCUAAAAUCUCGAGCAGAACACUCUUUUUCAUUUUUUCUUUUUAUUUCGUUUUAUUCACGCUGAAGAUGAAACUGUGGAAAUGGCGGCAUUGGUCAACUGCUUGAGCUCUCUAGUCUCUAUCUGCAUUCUUCUCUUCAGAGUGUCUAUUGUUGAGAUUAUUGGCAUUUCCCCUGUCACAACUCGAGUCAGAAGUUGUUUAACUUUAUGAAUUAUAUAGAUGCGAAUGUACACAUUUCUAAGCAGAGUUUUUGGUUCGCGGUGAGCAUUGUGGUUCUCUUAUCUGGAUUUUGUGAGAUAUAUCAAGAUUGUGGAAUUGGUGGUUGUUCCUUUCGAAUUUUUGCUCCAUAGCAGAGAUGUUCUCUAAUCUUGAGAUGCAAACAUCAAAGAAUCAAGACCCGGUGCAACUCCGUUCAUCAGAAGCCGGAAACCAAGAACAUCAUCCUGAAUUACAAGUUUCCAGGAUAGAUUCUUCGGCUCAUGCAAAUGCAAGUCUGAAUUCUGCAGAGACUAAUUUUCCAGAAGCUAAACCGGUACAUAAUUACUCUAUACAGACUGGUGAGGAAUUUGCUCUUGAAUUUAUGCGUGACCGAGUCAUUCCCAAGAAACAUGUUCCAAAUAUCCCCGGCGAUUCCAGUAAUGCAUCUAGUUACUUGGAGCUAAAAGGAAUGUUGGGGAUUAGCCAUACUGGCUCUGAAAGUGGCUCAGCUAUCUCCAUGAUUGCAACUGCAGAAAAAGAUCCAAGAGAAUUUGAACGGAAUAAUUUAUCUUUACAAGGGGAUAAGUUUAAUAGUGGUUCUUUUCAAUCUAUGCAAUCAGUGCCACAUUCUUCAUCAGGCCAGAACAGCCAGCGCAUACUUGUGUAUACUUCAUCUGGAACAUCUCAUAGUUCAUCAACUAAGCUUAAGGUUCUCUGCAGCUUUUGUGGAAGAAUCCUACCUCGGCCAAGUGAUGGAAAGCUCAGAUAUGUUGGUGGGGAAACACGCAUCGUUCGAAUAAAUAAAGACAUUACCUGGAAAGAAUUAUGGCAGAAGGCAACUGCAAUUUAUGAUGAAACAUGUGCUAUAAAAUAUCAGCUUCCUGGGGAGGACCUUGAUGCUUUAGUUUCUGUAUCUAGUGAUGAGGAUUUGUUGAACAUGAUGGAGGAGUGUAAUGUUCUUGAAGAUGGAGAAGGUUCCAAAAAGCUUCGGAUGUUUCUAUUCUCUCUUGGGGAUUUGGAUGAUGCUCAUUUCAGUUUGGCGAACACUGAAUGUGAUUCUGAGAUGAAAUUUAUGGUUGCUGUCAAUGGAAUGGACAUUGGAUCUCGAAAAGGCUCUACUUUAAGUGGUUUAGCAAACUCUUCUGGAAAUAACUUGAACGACUUAGAUGCACUAAAUCAAGACAAAGAUACAAGUUGCAAUAGCCUGCUAGGUUUUGUUGUCCCCUCAAGGGCAACUGAACCUUCUAAUUCGAUUUUACCAAGUUCCUCCAAAGUUUAUGAAACUGAUUUGCACUCAUAUAAUGGUCAGACAGUCAAUCACAAUCAAGAAAGCCAGCAUCAUUCACAAUUUGGCUAUAAUGUUCCCAGUUCAUAUUACAAUCCUUCUGAAAGUUCUAUGCCAAAAUCUUCUUAUGGGCCUGUCUCUAAUCAGAAAGGUCUUGAAGAAAAGUCGCUAGAUAGCUUAGGGACACAAGGUGCAGAACCCCAAGAGAUGGACGCCACACAGAAAAUUAAUGGCAUAAUUCCACCAGAGCGUGAUAAUAAGGACAUGUUUGCGAAUGAGAACUUCGUUCCUUCACUGGUUCACAGUGAUAAAUCUAAAUCUAGUUUUCCGGUUGAAGAGUCAUCUAUGGUCUCUAAACUGGAUAGGGAAUUAUCUUCAAAGACUUCAAAGGGCAAUGGGAAGCCAGAGGAGCCUGUCCAGGUCUCUAAGCCUCUUGGUGCUUCCGCUCCUGAGCCUCCUACUUCUGGUAGCAAUGAGUAUUUGAAUUCUGGUAAUGUUCCUGUUCCCGAUUUCAUCAACUCGGUGUCUGGUUCUACUGAUUUGAGUUACUUUGGGUCUUCUAAUCCUCCUCCGAGGGUCUUCCGAUCUGAGUGGAUUCCUCGAGAGCAAUUAGAGUUGCUUGGUAGAAUAUCUAAGUCUGAUGAUUCACGCAGUUCUCAGUUUCUGGUUAAUCAAUCACAAGCUGAUACUUCCCAGCAGAAUUUAGAUACACCAUCUGUUGAAAACUUGGAAAACCGGAAUGCAAACAUUUCUACUGAACAGUCAACUUCUACUGAACGGCCUUUCCCUGAGGAACAUGAAACUGCUGAUAAUGGGAUUGCUAAUACUCAAACGGUGACAUAUACAAACCCCCUUGAUGCUCAAGGUUCCAUGCAUGAAAGUCACGUCGUUAAGACAGAAACAGAACAGAGGUCAAAGCUUCCUGUUGUGGGCCCUGAAGAUUCUGUUGAGCAUUCUGAAGAUUCUAUGGUUGGUUUGGUUGAUGGAACUGGCAGUCAGACUGUUGCCAAUGACGUCCAUGGGCAUCCACAGCCUUUGGCAUUGCCAGGGGAUGUGGAAGAACCUGGCAGUGUUCCAAGGACCAAGCAAGGGGAUAUUCUCAUUGAUAUCAGUGACCGAUUCCCUUGUGAUAUUCUUUCUGAUAUAUUUUCGAAAGCUGUUCUUUCAGAUAUUUCAUCUGAUUUUGGUCCUCUACAGAAAGAUGGUGCUGGUUUGAGUGUGAACAUAGAGAACCAUGAUCCUAAACGGUGGUCCUUCUUCCAGAGGCUGGCAGGGGAUGAGUUUACAAGAAGGGAUGUUUCCCUUAUUGAUCAAGAUCAUAUAGCAUUCUCCUCUGGACUUGCAAAACUUGUCGAGGAGACUCCUUUAGCUUACGACUUUGUACCAAUGAAGAGAGAUGGAGUUCUUCCAAGUCACAUGGAAAUGCAGGACAAUCAUGGCAAAGAUGGUCAGAAUGGCCUUCCAGGGGGAAAUGGAGCUGUUUCUCAAGCGAAAGUUAGUGAAAAUGUGCUGUAUGAUGAUUUGACAGAUAACAUGAAAAUUCGAGACUCAGAAUAUGAGGAUGGAUUUGGAAAUAUUGGCUUACCUCCUCUAGAUCAUUCUUUGGUUGAUUUCGAUAUCACCUCAUUACAGAUCAUUAAAAAUGAAGAUCUUGAGGAGCUGAGGGAGCUUGGAUCUGGGACAUUUGGGACUGUGUAUCAUGGAAAAUGGAGAGGCUCAGAUGUGGCAAUCAAGCGGAUAAAGAAAAGUUGCUUCACAGGUCGCCAGUCAGAGCAGGAGAGACUAACAUUUGAGUUUUGGAGGGAAGCUGAAAUUCUCUCAAAGCUUCACCACCCAAAUGUGGUUGCUUUUUACGGUGUGGUACAAGAUGGACCAGGGGGGACAUUGGCUACUGUGACAGAGUACAUGGUUGAUGGUUCUUUAAGACAUGUUUUACUUCGGAAGGAUAGGCAUCUUGAUCGCCGCAAGAGGCUCAUAAUCGCCAUGGAUGCAGCUUUUGGAAUGGAAUAUUUGCAUUCAAAGAAUAUAGUGCACUUUGAUCUGAAAUGUGAUAAUUUGCUUGUUAACUUGAAAGAUCCUUCAAGACCUAUAUGCAAGGUGGGAGAUUUUGGCUUAUCCAAAAUAAAGAGAAACACCUUGGUGUCUGGGGGAGUGCGGGGAACUCUUCCAUGGAUGGCUCCAGAGCUCCUUAAUGGAAGUAGUAAUAAAGUAUCUGAGAAGGUUGAUGUUUUUUCUUUUGGUAUUGUCUUGUGGGAGAUACUGACUGGGGAAGAGCCUUAUGCCAACAUGCAUUAUGGUGCAAUCAUAGGAGGCAUUGUGAACAACACACUGAGGCCUACCAUUCCAAGCCACUGCGAUUCAGAAUGGAGAAGAUUAAUGGAGCAGUGUUGGGCCCCAAAUCCAUCCCUGAGACCUUCCUUUACUGAAAUAGCUAGUCGGUUACGUGUAAUGUCUUCUUCGGCCCAGACAAAGAAGGCAGGUUCGUAGUCAGUAAAUUGUUGAUUUCAUGCGUUUUACUAGUGAAAGCUGAGUUUAGUCAUUCAACACAUAAAUCAGUGUUUGGUCGUGUAAAGAUUGCUUAUGUAUGAUGCAGUCAUAUAAUAUAUGAACACAAAGAUAUAGAAAUACAUGUACAUGAAGUUCUUGGUGACAAAUAUUAUGCUGCAAGUUAACUGCUGAUGUUUUUAA